UGAUCUCUCCAUGAUGGCGGCGCCCUGGGCCGGCCUAUCCCCGCCCCCGGUCAGGUGACUGAGGCGGCUCCGGCCGGUGACGGCUCCGGGGCGGGGGUCCAGGACUCGUCCGAGAUGCUGCGGAACGGAGCGGCCGAGGCUUCCCCGAGCCCCGCGGGGGGCAGCGCCGCCGCCCCCCGGCCCGUCCGCGUGUGGUGCGAUGGAUGCUAUGAUAUGGUGCAUUAUGGCCACUCAAAUCAGCUGCGCCAGGCUCGGGCCAUGGGAGACUAUCUCAUUGUGGGAGUCCACACGGAUGAGGAGAUUGCCAAGCACAAAGGACCACCUGUCUUUACCCAGGAGGAGAGGUACAAAAUGGUGCAAGCUAUCAAGUGGGUAGAUGAGAUUGCCGCACAAGCUCCCUACGUCACCACACUGGAAACCCUCGACAAGUAUAACUGUGACUUUUGUGUGCAUGGCAAUGACAUCACACUAACUGUAGAUGGCAAGGACACCUAUGAAGAGGUGAAGGCAGCUGGGAGAUACAGGGAAUGUAAUCGCACCCAGGGAGUGUCCACUACUGAUCUGGUUGGUCGCAUGUUGCUCAUGACCAAGGCUCACCACAGCAACAUAGAUGAAGACCUGGAUUACCGGAAGCACAAGGAUAACUUUGGGAAGGGCCCUAAAGGUCACAGCCCCUGGACUGGAGUCUCUCAGUUCCUGCAGACAUCCCAAAAGAUCAUCCAAUUUGCAUCUGGGAAGGAGCCGCAGCCAGGAGACACCAUCAUCUAUGUGGCUGGAGCCUUUGACCUGUUCCACAUUGGGCACGUAGAUUUCCUGGAGAAGGUGCACCUGCUGGCCGAGAGACCCUACAUCAUUGUUGGACUGCACUUUGAUCAGGAAGUGAAUCGCUACAAAGGGAAGAACUAUCCCAUCAUGAACAUCCAUGAGAGAACUCUUAGCGUCCUGGCAUGCAGGUAUGUGUCCGAGGUGGUGAUUGGUGCCCCGUACGCAGUUACUGCCGAUCUGCUGGAUCAUUUCAAGGUGGAACUUGUGUGUCAUGGGCUGACUGAGGUGGUGCCAGAUAAGGAUGGCUCCGAUCCAUACCAGGAGCCCAAGAGACGUGGCAUUUUCCGGCUGGUGGACAGUGGCAGCAACCUUACUACAGACCUGAUUGUGCAAAGAAUCAUUAAGAACAGGUUGGAGUUUGAAGCCAGGAACCAGAAGAAAGAAGCAAAAGAGCUGGCUGUGCUGGAGGCCAUGAAGAAAAUGGAGGAAAAGGAGCAUGAGACAGGCCUGCAGAGCUAGGAUGAUUGAGAACAAGUGUGUGGAGGGGAGAGCACAGCUGUGUUCUCUCUUCUGCAGAAGCAAACCUGCCUAGGGCAUACCCUAGGCAAGGACAGUGCUGCUGGCCCCAACAAGGCAUCUUCUCACACAUUCUUCCCUCUUCAUAUCUUACUGCAGAUUGUGCAGAGAUGAUAAGCUGGGAUGCUGCUUCCUUGUUUUCUCUUAAUCAGCCCCCAGCCACCUCCUUUCCUGGGGGAGAUUUGUUUUACCCCUUUAAAGGAAGUUUUAAUUCUAAUGAAUGUUUUAACAUGU